AUUCCAUCAGUCAAACCGCCAGAAAAAGCCAUCCAUUGACAGACAGCACAACAGACAUUCAUUCGCCAUAUAAUCUUCUCUUAUUCAUAUAUAAAGUUACCAAGACAUGGCUGGAGGCGUCAAGAGAGACCGCGAUGGCAAUGCUCGUGCUAAGCCCACGCAGGAUUUGCCGCGGGGCAGGUUCCAUUCCAUGUUUGAAAACUUCCGAGAUGAGCUAGACGAGCAUUACGAUCGCAGGGAGCGCGUCAUCAAGGUGUCCCGAGACGUGACGGCACAGAGCAAGAAGAUCAUUUUCACAUUACAAAGAGUUAAAGAACUCAACAAGAAUUUCCCAAAAGGGAUACAGCAGGACGUUGAUACGCGCCUCGCCGAAAUCUCAAAACUGCUCUCCACCAUCACCGCCGACGUGCAGUCCAUCAACCGCUAUCGCUACGGCUAUUCCAUGAAGUGCUUGGAAGAGCUCGUCGAGGCACUCUCCUUCGCACACUACCUACGGCAUCAGAAGGUUAUCACGCUGGAAGAGACGCAAGCAGCCACUCCCGCCGACGUUGUGCUGACGCCGCAUGACUACAUGUACGGCCUGUUUGACCUGUUUGGAGAGCUGAUGCGGUUUGCAACGGUCACGACGGCGCAAUCAGGUGAACUGGUCGGGGAUUACGACAGAAACAUUCUCAGCGACAUACAGGAACUUGGCUGCGCGUUUGAGCUGCUGCCUCAGAUCCCGACCAAGGAUUUUCGUAACAAGAUGGAGGUUAUGCGGCAGAGCAUCAACAAGGUUGAGAAGUUGGGCUAUGGUCUUGUCGUAAGGGGCAGUGAACGACCUAAGGGGUGGGUUCCUGACAUGAAAGAUGACGAUCCCCGACCUUCAUCGCCUGUGUGAGGGGAAAGAGGUGUUCAGUCAGUUAUUGUCUUGUUGAUGCUCUGUUGCCUGGCCCCAUUGGAGGCCAACUCUACAAUGUCAGAAUGAUGAAUACUUUGAGAUGGCGUUUUUUCCUCCCCUUUACUUUCUAUUUUUUUUUUUUCUUCAUGAGCAAAUACGUGUUUAAAGCUCAUCCUCUCCCGUGUGGAAUCAUCGUUGGUGGAUAUUUUGGAAGAUCUGGAAGUUUGAGCUGUCCGAACUCUCAUGGCUGGCCUUGUUAGAGUAAUCCAUGUGUAUCCUCUAUCACUUCAUAAUCUCUUUAGUCGCCGAUACUCAUAAGAUUGGGAUGCUAGAUGUCUACUCCUAUUCCUAGUCGCCAUAACCUGAUAUAUUCCCGAAACCC